UUCAGGCCAGUAUAUCCAAGCAAGCCACCUCAGCCUCUGACUGAAGUCUAUAGCAUUUUCUCAAGUGAUAACAUAGCAAGAAAAGGGAUUUAUCCACUGUCUUACGACUAAGAAGGCGCUGAUAGUACAAGGCACCUAGCAAGGGCAUCAGAAUACAGGUCUUUCGUCUCUUAUCUCGUCGUUUUCGCAUCGUCGUCUCCUGAUCUUUCAAGAUGUGCUUCUCCAAGAAGGGUGACUCUCAAGUGCAGAUUUCUGGCAUCGCGACCCUCUGCUUUGACGAGAAUGGCAGCUGGUUUCAAGGGUCAAUUUCGACAGAGGACGAUAGCCAGUUCGCCAUCUACGGAAUAAAGUCCCCAAGGAUUAGGCUGGCACAAGAGGAGAUCUCUUCUACAGAAUAUGGCGACUUCACCUCAGAGGAAGAGCAACCAGGAGUUCCGGUGACUUUCGACAUCCGAGUCGUGGACUGCGACGUCGGGGAGGAAUAUUCCCUCAAGAAGGUCAACGGGAGGAACGGCGAGCUCUGCACCUUCUCCUGCUCCUGCGUCACCUUCACCACCGAGGAAGUCUUCCGAGGCCACAGGGCUGACCUCAUAGCUCAGCAGUGCCUGGGUCACAAGAUGGCAGGCAAGAAGACCCACGUUUACCGUGGGCCCAUCAGACUCCAUUGUGCCCCUACGCCCAGGAACUUCCACUGGGUACUUUGAACCCAACCGGAGGAGGAUAUCAGAGCCACCUUUUUGCACUGGAAGAGUCAGGUACCGUUGAUUCUUCCUGGAUUGCGAUUCUCCUACCGCACAUCCUCACGUCCCGAAGACGCGAUAUAGCUUGGCUAAAGGUUCAGGUUCAGGUUCAAAAUGAAGUUAUGAUGCUUCCCUGAUGAAAUAACUUUGCCCUUCAAUGAGUCUACGAAAGCCCGAAAGGAAGAAGACGUCUUACACUGGAGGAAUUCCUUUUGCGGUAUCCUGAUACGACUCUUCUGUUUACGCCAUUAAGUAGCUGGGAUACAUAGAGCGAUUUAGAGCUAAAGAAUUGAUACCUACGAAUAUUUAUUGACUAUGUCAUUCUGAUGCUGUGAUAUAAAGUUUCUGCUGUUUGCAACAGACGGAUAUCAUUGUCUAUUUGAUAGGUUAAGAAAAGCUUUAUAUUUUAAGGCAUAGCAGUUUCUAAAGGAUCAAUGAAGAAUUAGAAAUAAA